AUGGCCACGUUUGUUAUGCAAACCUUGGGAUGCGAUGUUGGCGCCAUCAAUACUGUACAAUUUAGCAAUCAUACAGGCUAUCGCCAGUUCAAAGGCCGACGCACGCCCGCCGACGAAAUAACAGAGCUCUACGACGGAUUGAGGAACUCGUACCUGACGGAUUUUGACGUGCUUCUUUCUGGGUACGCGCCCAGCGCCCAGGUCGUGCAGGCCGUCGGACUCAUCGCACGAGACCUACGAUAUCGUGCGGCUGUCAGGCCUGGACGCUUCUUUUGGGUUUUAGAUCCGGUCAUGGGCGACCAAGGCCGGCUCUAUGUUGCAGAGGACAUCGUCCCGGCGUACAAGCAAUUGAUUCGAGAGGCGGACUUGAUCCUGCCGAACCAGUUCGAGGCCGAGCUGUUGAGUGGAUUGAGCAUUGCGAGUUUGACAGGCGUGGCGAACGCAGUCCGCGCCCUACAUAAAACUUAUGGAACCAGCCAUGUGCUGGUGACGAGCGUCACGGUCGGUGACGCCAAUGACGGGCCCAACCAGACCGGAAACAUCCUGACCGUCGUCGGGAGCAGUAAGACGCGUGACGGCGGCGCGAGACUGUUCAAGGUCGAGGUGCCUAGGCUGGACUGCUUCUUCAGCGGCACGGGCGAUAUGCUCGCCGGGUUGAUGGUUGCGAGACUGCGCGAGGCGUGCGCGGAGAUGGGCCUCCUGGACCGCGCGGCGUGGAUGCCAGACGACGAUGUGCCUGCGACGGAAUUGCCGUUGGCAAAGGCUACAGAGAAGGUCCUGAGCAGCAUGCACAUGGUGCUGGAGAAGACGAUAAAGGCGAGGGACGAGGAGCUCAGCAAGUUCGGACAGUCGCCUGGGGCCAGCGUCGGCGGUGUGGAGGGACUAGGCGCCGAGAACAGCGACGGCGAGGCCAAGAGAAGGUACCUGGCAGAGACGAAGGCUGCAGAGGUCAGAGCCGUGAGGAACGCAAAGGACCUGGUUUAUCCUGAGCCCAGAUAUGUGGCUGUUGCCAUGGAGGUAUGA